GUAAUUUUUGUUUACAACACUAAUAAGUUAAAAAUUUUAAAUUUAAAAAUUAUUAAAUAAACAUUUCGUGUUAAUUACUCGAAAUGCUCUUUAAGAAAAAAUGAUUUCUCAUCUGCCCCAUUUUAUUGAAGACAAACUAAUCCAUUCUUGUAAUCUGAAUAUUUCUCGAAAGCAACGCUCCAAAUUAGCCCUCAUAAGGAAUUUACAAUUUUACGAAGUCUAUAACAAGCAAACCAUAAACUCUAUCGACUUACAACAUACAGUACUUCAUAAAAUACAAUAUAAAUUCGAUAGCAUAGAACCCGAGACAAAUGGAACAUCCACUCAAGCUAGUGAUAUUAUGGCCAGUUCCAAAACAUGUCCAAACCAAAAUAAUGGUGACAUAGUGUUCGGCAAGUAUAUCUAUCUAAAUAGAAACGAUAAAAUAGUGUAUAUAAUUAUUAAAUGCUGGAAUUAUAUGGUUGUUAUUAAAAGAACUCCGGAGGGAUUCUGUUUGCAAGCUGAAUUUGAAGAUGUGAUGUCUUUCCAAGUGUCCAAGCUAAACAAAUAUCAAACACAGGUCUCAAUAUCAUUCCUGCACAAAGGCGAAAGUAUAGACACAAGUUUUCAAGAUGGAAUUGAAACUUUAACGGCGGCUGAACUACCAACAGCAGAUGUGUACCGAAAAAUGAUUGAAAAAAUAAAGAAACAAAAAUCUGAACUGCUAGUCCAUAAAACCAUAUCAAGGAAAGAGUUCUCUAAACUAAAGAGCACACAACUGUUUGGUUGCAAUAUUCUACGAACUCCUCGUUUGGACGAGCUGCAAAUCCUUUCAAAAUGUGGUAAUUCUUGGAUUAAGCUUACAGCCAAUGAUGCUGUCAUAAUUGGAGUCCCUAUAGUUAAUAACUGCAGCUCUCGACUGACAAUCUUGCGCAAUUUCCGAGCGGUACUCCUGGGUGCUGGAGAUUUAACCCACUCAUUUCAAUUGUAUCAAUUAAAUAAGUCUUUUUGUGAUAUUCAAAAUAUUCAGAGCUUUUUUAAUGACUCCGAUUCGGACGAAAAACAAUCUUCAAACAGUUCCUGGAGACAGUGUUUAGAUGUCAACUUGCUUCCUGAAACAUUCGUAGUUUUGAUCCUUAAGUUAAAGAUCCAGGAAUUUUUUGAGUCCAGCGCAGUGAAUGUUCCUUUAUUUGUCUUCUAUGAUGUUCGCACACACAAUAAAACAUUAAAUCAGAAAUGUUUCUUAACAACGAUAUUUUUUCGGGAUAUAUUUUCAAAUAAUUCGUGUAGGCUAUUAUUUGAUGAGAAAAAUUUGCACCGAGAUUUGCUAACCGUAAUUGCUUCGUCAUACGAAACUCAAAUCAGACUAGAAUAUGCUGUAUCGGGAGUGGCAUUUGAGGAUUACCUUUGUCAGAAAUUAGGGUUUUAUAAAAUUCCCGCCAAUCAGAACUUUUCUGAAGCAAUGAACGUCGAUGGAGAAGAUGACGACGAUAAUGUCGAUUUUCCAAUUAAAAGAAAAAUAAUAUUUUUCAACAAAAACUCGGAUUCAUUUUGGCACGGAACUUUGCUAGAAAUAUCCCAUAUCAAUGAAACUUCAGCCUAUAUAAGAAUAUUUACAAAAUCUCAAGAAAAAUCCAAAAUUUUACUUAAGCUGCUUCGACUAGAUUUAAAAGCAAUUUGUGGCAUAAAAGACCUACACAAUAAUGUAAAAUCUCUAUCGAUAAAAUUAAUAGAAUUGGAAGCCGCUCUACGAGAAGAAUUUUGCUGUUGUCUGGAAACCUAUUCGAACAGUGCAAUGAAAAUAGAUCGCAUAGAUAUAAAUAAGAAACAAAGUUUACACAAUCACUUACAUUCAAAACAACUUAAAACAGACCUGUUAUUUAAAGAUUUACUAUUAUGACAUAAAUAAAAAAAAAUAAAAUUUGUAAAUAUAUUUAAAUUAUAUUUGUUUACCAUGCACGAAUAGAAAAACCUUGAUCUUUAA